AUGAGUCAGAAAACGAGUAAGGAGGGUCCCAGGCUCUCCAAGAACCAGAAGUUUUCUGAGCAGUUCAGCAUACGGUGCUGCCCGCCGUUCACCUUCCUCAACUCCAAACGUGAGAUCGUGGACCGAAAGUACAGCAUCUGCAAAAGUGGCUGCUUCUACCAGAAGCAGGAAGAGGACUGGAUCUGCUGUGCCUGCCAGAGGACCAGAUUGAGAAGGAGGAGCAAGCCAGCCCCAAGGAAGAAGUAA